CAUUUGGAAAAUCUAGACCUGACCGACAACAACUUGUAUGGCGAUAUUCCAAGGUCUUUAGGUUCUCUAAAUUGGCUAACGUCCUUGCACUUGCACAACAACAGGUUUUCUGGGAAGCUUCCAUCGUCUUUGCAUCAGCUGACUGAACUAAGGAUCCUUGAUCUAGGAAAAAACGCAUUCAGUGGUGUUAUCCCUCCAUGGAUCGGAGAAAAUCUACAUAAUUUGGAGUUUCUUAGUCUUCAGUCAAAUGAGUUCUAUGGUGAUAUUCCUCUGCAACUCUGUUGGCUCUCUGCACUUCACCUGUUAAACUUGGCACAUAACAGUAUAACUGGUAAUAUUCCUCACUGUUUUUCCAAUUUCACUGCCAUGGUUGUGGAUCACAAUGCUGAUGAAUAUGACCAGACAAUGGGAACCGAACUUCAAUUUACCACAACAACCCCAUUUCUUACGUCAAUAGACCUUUCCAACAAUGACAUGGGUGGAGAGAUUCCAGAAGAGUUAAUGCAUCUGUGGGGGUUACGGAAUUUGAAUUUGGCUGGAAAUCAUCUAAUAGGAAGGAUUCCUAAGAAAAUUGGCAGUUUGAAGCAAUUGGAAUCAGUUGAUCUAUCUAGAAAUGAGCUUUCCGGUCCAAUUCCUCCAGGUUUGUCGGAUUUAAACUAUCUAAACCACUUAAAUCUGUUAUUCAAUAACUUAUCAGGGCAAAUACCAACGGGACAUCAACUCCAGACCUUGGAUGAUCAAUCCAUAUAUAGAGGCAUCGAUGAACUUUGUGGAGCCCCACUCUUAAAGAGUUGCUCCGAUGGUAAGCAAUCAGUCAGUUAUGAACAUAUUGAGGAUGAAGGUGGAGAGGGGUUUGACUUUUUUUGGUUCUAUGCUGGUAUUGGACCUGGUUUCUCAGUUGGCUUCGUGGGGGUUUGUUGUACCUUGCAUUUCAAAAGGUCUUGGAGGUAUACAUACUUCAGGCUCGUCGACAAUGUCUACAAUAGGAUUCUUUUAGUAAGUGCACUGGCUGCUGCUAGGCUGCAGAGGAAAUUCCACAAAGGUGAACUUGGAGGAUGA